AAUUUGAAAGUUGAAACGGGACUGUGCUUUCCCUCCGUCUUUUUGUCUCGCACUAGGGUUUCGAAUUCAGGCCUCAUACUGGUUGUUGCUCACUAUCGAGUUUGGAUCGAGGUUUAUGAAAUUUCCAGUUGCUGAUUGAGGUAUGGAGCACUUAGAGCCUGAAAGUAGGGAACGAGAUGUUACAGAUUUGAAAGAUGAUAGCCUUAUGUUUCCUAUCCCAUCAAAGAAGAGUGAAAUCACAAAGAGUCAACACUUGGGGACAAAUUUUGCAUCUUCAACACCUGAGAAGACAACUGAGUUGUCACGUGUUGAACGCCCAAAGGACAUUGCUGGACUUCCUGAAAAUUACAGGGCCUUAGCAGAGUUAUUUGAUCGCAUGGUUUGUUCACUGAGAUUGCUUAGAUUACGUAAAAAGUCACCUACUUUUCAACGUAUUUCCAGUCAGGUGGAAGUCCUAACAGGAAGAAAGUUUCUCUAUGGGCACCUUGCACAAAUAAUGUACAUAAUUCCUGAAGCUGUUCAUAUUGAUAAAAUACUUGUGCAUGAUGAGAAAACGUGUUGCAUGAAGUCUGAUAUCAAAGUUACGUUGCAUCUUGAUGCUAUGGAAGACCACCAUGAGCAUUCAAUUUUUAUGCAUCUCAGCAAUGUUUUCCAAGCCAAGCUCAUUGAUUUAUUUGGUAAACAUCCCGAGGACUGCAACAUUCCAGAAGCUAUACUUCCGGAGCCAUUUAGUGGAAGCAGUAUCACUGCAAAACCAUAUUCAUUGCCUGUUAAUUUAUCAUCCCCCCUUGAUACAGAGAUAUUGGAGUCAUCCCAUCUCAGUCCAUCUUUAAGUUCACAUUUCUCACAGAAGGCUGUUGUUCCAAAAGAAAAGAAAACCCAACUUUUAGUUUCUUCCAUCCCCUGUUCAUUUGUUGAUGAUGGGCCUAUCCAAGAAACUGAAAGUGAGAUGGAACCUCCUAGAUCAUGCCCCAAAAGCCCCAUAGUCACAGACUCUGUCCAACAAACCCAGCUCCUACCAGCAGGUAGCUCCAAAACGUGUGAAAACACACCUUUGAAGCUUACCUCUGAAAAUAAUAAUUUAUUACUUGAAACACCUGCACAGUCUACUCCAAGGAGAUCUCUAUCUGCUACUGAGGACAAGCACAAGAAAGUGAUUAGCCAAAGUGCUUUGGCGUCCAAUCUUACUGUGAAAAGGUCACUUAUGGAUGAUUUGGACUGGUCUGAAACUGUAGAUUCUAUCUUCCCUCAAAUGGAUAUUAAGGGUACAUCUGCUAGUGGCAGUGUUACAACCAGUGCUAUACAUCUCUCUGAGGUUGAGAAAAGUAGUUGCACUUCUGGUAAGGAUAAGAGAGGCUUGCCUGUGCACCAGCAAAUAUAUGUUGGUUUGCCCAACCUUGUACACCUAAUUCACAACAUUUUUCAGUCUCUUGGCCGUGAUUCAGUCACAAAAGAGGAACUUUUUCACAAGAUCUUAAUGGCUGACUGUGACGUAGAUGAGAACAGUGACAUUGAAGGACAAAUAGAUCUUCUUGAGAAACUUGUUCCCGAGUGGAUUUGCAAGAAGUUGGCACCAACUGGAGGCUUUUUGUACAGCCUCAAGAGUGGCCCGGACUUGAAUUCUGUUUGUGAAAGGCUGAUUAGCACAUGACAUGAUGAUGCUUUUCUUUCAAGGUUUGCGUGCGUGUAUCCUUCAGCAACAAAACAAAUUACAAAUGGCGUUAAUAUGUCCUUAGCAGCUUCACAUCAGCGGAUCAAGUUGAUUCAGAAUUUCAGAUGCAUAUCAAUUUCCAACUCUAUGAUGUGAGACUUUUAGUUCUUUAAGCGAGUACCCAUAUCCCCGUGAUUAAACCAGUGUACUUUGUAUGAUUCUUUUUUGGGGGGUUUGUUGUACCGGUAUAUUCUAUCAUGCCCCAUUUCUUCGGAAUGCAUUGUUAGACACAUGAAUUCAAUAUAAUUUUCUUGAUAUGUA